AUGCCGCGCAUCAUUUCCGCCGACGAAUUGACCGGACUGAUCGCGAAAGGCGGCGUGGUGCUGCUGGACGCGUCGUGGGUGAUGUGCCCGAAGGGGGAUACGGCCGAAUGGCACAAGAAGUACGACGGCCACCCCGAUGCCCUCGUGAAUGACAAGAAGCACGCCGAAUUCGACAGCAAGCGCCUGCCCGGCGCCCGGCCGUUCCCCCUCGACGUGUUCUGCCCGCCCGGAAACCAAACCCGCUUCGACUUCUACACGCCCGAGCAAUUCCAGGCGCUACUCCGCUACCUCGGCGUCAAUCAGGGCGACACGCUGGUGACGUACGCGCGUGGUCCGAUGGCUGGCAUGUCGUUCGCGGCGCGGGCGGCCUUCGUUUUGGAGCUCUACGGCCUCGCCCCGCUGGUGCUCAACGGCGGGCUGACCGCGUGGAAGGGCGACGUCGAGUCGGCAAAAUGGACGGCGCCCCCGCCCGGCAACAUCACCAUCAACACGUUCCAACCCGAGGGCCGCCUCGCCACGUUUGAUGAGCUCUACAAGGGCCACGACCAGGGCAACAGCACCUUCGACAAUUUGGACAAGAUCAACUACCUGGAUUGCCGGCCGAAAGAGAUGUUCGACGAGGGCAAGGGCGCAAUCCUGGGACCGAAAUCAACCGGCUACCAUCUGAAGGGGGCCUCGCACUUUGGGAACGGGCGCAUAUGUGGAGAUCAAGGGCUCGUCGACGACCAGCAGAUUAAGCAAGUGACCAACGGGCUGAAGCCGGGCGUGGAGACGGUGACGGCGUGCAACACCGGGCUCGGCGCCUCGUUGGCCUGGCUGGCCCUUCGACAUGUCGGGAUCCCGGCAAAGAUGUUUAAUGGCAGUAUGACGGAGAUUGCGGCCCGCGACUCUUCGCUCAUCAACGAGAAA